CGCAAAAGGCGGACGAGUCAACGAUGAUGAGGAUGACUAAGGGGAGCAACAGUGCUGAAGAUGAACACACCAAACACCACGAGCAGCAGCAACAGCAGCAGCAGAAGCAGCAACAGCGAUUUGUAAAGGCACUCUAUGCAUAUGAGGAAGAGAGGCCUGGUUGCCUUAACUUCGCCCCAGGACAGCUGUUUGAAGUUUUGAAUGUGGCAGAAGGGUGGCUGUACUGCCGAGCGGACGGGCUCACAGGCUGGAUUCCAGCCGCAUUCGUGCAGGACACGCAGGAAACAGAAUGGCAAGAUGAUGAAUACUACGACCAAUAUGCUCGAGUCGGCAUCCACCACGAAAUGCUGUCAGACACGGCGCGGAAUGCGGCCUACUCCGAUGGUAUCCAACUCGCUGCUGACGCCGUCAUCAAGGGCGGUGUGGUCAUGGACAUUGGAUGUGGCUCCGGUUUGCUCAGCCUGCUUUCAGCACGCACUGGUGCUCGCAAAGUGAUUGCCGUGGAAGCAAGCGACUUCUACGAGGCGGCCGAGAAAGUGAUUGCGGCCAACGGGUAUUCAGAGUGUAUUGACGUCCUGCACUCGCGCGUGGAGGAUGUGGAGGACGUGGAACAGGUCGACUGCAUUGUGUCAGAGUGGAUGGGAACAAUGCUCAUCUUCGAGUUCAUGGUGGAUUCUGUGCUGGCUGCACGCGACCGAUUCCUUCGCCCCGAUGGCCUCAUGCUCCCGUCAUACUCCCGUCUCCUCCUUACGCCAGUCAACGCUGCACACAUGUUCGACGAUCAUGUGUCGUUCUGGAAGGAUAAGUGCGGCUUUGACAUGUCGCCGCUCAUCGCUGCUGACAAGGAGAGCAAAUUCUCCCGCCCGAUUCACGACUGGAAGAUGAAUCCGGAACAGCAGUUGGCGGAGCCGCAAUCCAUUUUCGAGGCGGACAUGCACACGGUGACGGCAGAAGAGUUGGAGGAGAUUCACACGAGUGUUUCGUUCACGAUGACGCGCGAUGACACGUGUCACGGCUUUGGCAGCUGGUUCAAUGUCGAGUUCUGGCAGUCCCGCCACAACAGAGACGCACCGGUGGUGUUGAGCACAUCUCCGACGGCGCCCUACACACACUGGAAGCACACGCUGCUGAUGCUUGAUGAGCCGUUGGACGUGUGUUCCGGUGACACAAUGGCGGUCGACGUUGCUCUACUGCGCAAUCCAUUGCAUCGCAGACAUCUCCGCAUCCACAUCACCGCCCACCUCCACCGACACGCUGACAACAGCUCACACAAGGUGUCCAAGAUGUUUCGGCUUUGGCGAUGA